CAAGAGGCUUCAAUAUGUUUCAAUUUUCUCAAUUUCACAGAACACCACCUACUUCCCGAAAGUUGGCCACCGCCGUGAUUCAUGCAAGCCGCAUGAAUCACGUUUUUAUGGGGAGCGCUUGAGCUAGGCGCUUCGCCCCACACAGUGGAUAUCUCGUUCGCUUGCGUUACCGUGUAGCACAGUGUUGCAGCCUUCGCCAGCACACCAUCCGAAUUCGCCCAUCGGUCUCGCCAUUGCCAGCUCUCCAUUCCAUUUCCUUAUCCCUACAGCUUUUGCGAACCCUAGAGAUUUUACCUCCAAAUGUCGCGUCCCGUGGGUUACACGGGUUCGGGCCGGCUGCACGAAAGAAAGCAUUCGCCCAUGGCGUCAUCCCCCUCCCCGCUCGCCGCCAACAGCAGCAGCAGUAGUAGUAGCAACCCUCGGAGCGUCUUACAGACGCACCACGCCUACUACUCCUCGCCGCCGCCCGACCACGACGACGCCGACGACGCUCGCGAAUCGUCGGGUGCGAAAGCGUUCGGUUUCGCGUCGGGCGUUCUGUCGUCGCGCGCGCGCGCGACAGUCGGAGCGGUCGCAGGGCAUCUGCAGCGCGUGCGAGCGGGCGUCACCGCGCGAUUAUCGCGACUUUCGCGCGACCAGGUGGACGCGUUAACAGUGCUAACAGCAGGCCUGGUAGCACUAGCGCUGUGGGCGGCGCUAUGGCUGCAAGGCGAAGUGCAGCUGCUGGCAGCGCCGCAGGGCACGUGCGCGUCCCUCCCGGACUUUCCCCCAGACGAAGCGGACGUGCUGGGGAGGGUCCCCCAGUAUGGGAAGUUAGAUUUAAGCGCGCCAAUGGUGGGGAAAUACUUGAGGCUUAUUCACCAGUACCUGGAGCCCUGGCAGCCAAUACCGGGCCUUGAGUCUGGUUUGGGCCACACUGGCUUCGUCACUCCCGAGGCUCUCUACCGCUUGGCUCGGCAGCCGUCUGUCAUGUCGUGCUGCGGCCAUGUCAAGGUGAUCAACGGCAGAGUUUUCUUCCGGUACGGGGGAUUCUGGCACGUCUACUACCGCCUCAACCGCUUUCUGCAGACAGUCAAGAUGAUACAGGAUGCAGUGGACGUGUACGGGCUGACAGACCUUCGCCUCGAGAUGAUUGUCAACACGUGCGACCACCCCGAGUCGUUCUACAGCAGCCACUGGGCCGACCGCGCUGGUUACCCUGUUAUGAGCAUGGGGUUUACGGUUGACACCAUGGACAUCCCCAUCCCGGACCCACUUGACUUGACGGAGGACUACACGCCUGACCUCAGCACUCAGGUCCCCUGGGAGCGCAAGGAGGCCCGAGCCGUGUUCCGCGGGAAGACCACCAACUUCGAUAUGCUGGACGGCAACUGGGGUGCCAACCCCCGCGUGCGGCUGCACAGGCUGUCGGACGUGCACUCGGCGCUGAUGGAGGCCCACAUCAACGCGUGGAGCCAUGCGAAGCCCGCUGUGAUCAAGGCGAUGGCGGAGGAUGGGCUGCUGCUGGCCAAGCGCAUGAACUUCACCCAGUUCAACGCCUUCAAGUACCAGGUGAUUGUAGACGGUGGCGGGGGCAGCUGCAGGACGUGCGGAGUGCUGCGGUCAAAUCAACUCAGCAUCCGCCAAGAGACGCCCCUCUUUCAGUUCUAUGAGCCGCUGCUGGAGGACGGGGUGCACUGGCUGGUUACCACACGCACGUUCUCCGAUCUGCCGGCUAAAAUCCGCUGGGCUCAGGAGAACGACGAUGCGGCGCAGCGGUUGGUGCAUGGAGCGAACCACAUGGCGCAGUAUGCAUGCACGUGGAGUGGGAGAAGGCUGUACUGGGCGCUGCUCCUGGUGAAGUACCAGGACGUGAUGCAGGACCCCUCUGCUGUUACUGAGCCCACUGCUAAUGAGAUCUGCACCAAGCAGCCAAUUCUCCAAACCCCCCCAAACGCCACCAACCCCGCGUUGGUGCACUGUGCCGACCCCGAUGCUCCCCAGCACCAGCCCGACUGUGCUUUCUUCUGUGCCAAAGCCACCAUUCCAGACUCCGGGCUCAUCUGGCUUCGAGCAGAUGUGCUUCGUGGGCUCAAAAAGAUUGGCCCGCCAUGAUUACAUGAUGUUUCAUUAGGAGGUACCUAGUUGUUAGUUAUUCUAACAUCCCGGCUGCGAUUUGUGGGAAGCGAAUAUCCAAGGUGAAAUAGGAGGUCAGUUGUGGGAGUUAGUUUGUUAUAUAUUGUUAAGUAAUGCUGAUUCCUGAAAACUG